GUGUGCAAAGGCUGUACUGUGGCUGUUUAAAUGUUCUUUUGGAAGCGUAGUCUUCUUUUCCCUUUUGAAGCAUUCAGCUGUUUAGGUAAUCAGCGACUGUUGAGCGGGGAAUGAGUUGAUUCAAACAUUGCCGCCGGACAUUCUUGCCUUCUUACUACACUGGUGGAUCUAAGCAGUAGAGAAGGCUCAUGGGUAAAAGAGGCAGCGUCUGUGUGUUGAUGUCAGAGGAAAGAGAACGCAAGCAACAGGAGCCGCAAGGAAUCGCUAUGGAGAACCGAUGGUGGAAGUAAGCUCCUCCAACUCUUGAGAUGAGGACAGACUUUACGAAAGGUUUUGGGGAAACACGAUAGGGCAGCCGGCGGUGGAGCGUUUUUCAUUUGCGUUACAGUGUUAUUUUGAUGUUAAUUCAUCGUUAUUGUGCUGGCGAUGUUGCGGGUGGAGUUGGCACUUUACAUGGACGGAGGGAAAACGCCUGGGUUUUGAAUACCAGGGACUGUGUAUGAACGGCACAUUUUUUAAAUUUAGGCGCAAGCAGUGCGAAGCGUCGAAAAAAGGAGGGGAGGGGGAUAAGAAAACGCCCUGUUGCUGAAUCCCCUCAAAAUCAAAACUUUAUCGCGCCAUCAAAGAUACAAGACCACUCUUUUUGAGAAUGGAAGGGGAAGUUUGAUGUCAUCGGACUGAAAACAAACAAGGCGUAGAUCAGUAAAGAAGUUUGUGGAGUGACCCCACACUAUUGUGGAUUAUUUUUGUCUUUUAUUGUGGGCACUACGAGUCGGAGGCUAUUUCAGAGGGCGGUGAGUCGGAGCCUGUCUAGGCCCACGGCCAUUGCCCAAGAAGUACAAUUAAUAUUUUUUUAAUGUGAACGUAAGUAGUUCCAAGCCCGUUAGAUAUUUGCAUUCCUUACGAACGGUUGCAUUACUAUUUAAAAUGUCGUUCGGAGCUGAGAGAAGGAUGGAAAACCGGUUGCUAAAACUGGAAGGCAUGAUCAGAGACCCCAGGUCGGCGGUUAAUUUGGAAAGUUUACUGGAUUCCAUGAAUGCCUUGGUUCUAGAUUUGGACUUCCCGGCCUUACGCAAGAACAAGAACAUUGAGACCUUCUUGAACAGAUAUGAUAAGGUGAUGGGGCACAUCAGAGAGUUGCAGAUGAAGUCUGAGGACUUUGACCGGGUGAAGGUGAUCGGAAGGGGGGCCUUUGGCGAGGUUCAGCUGGUGCGCCACAAACCCUCUCAGAAAGUAUAUGCCAUGAAGAUCCUAAGCAAGUUUGAGAUGAUAAAGCGCUCCGACUCCGCCUUCUUCUGGGAGGAGAGAGACAUCAUGGCCUUCGCCGACAGCCCCUGGGUCGUACAACUGUGCUGUGCCUUCCAAGACGACCGCUACCUGUACAUGGUGAUGGAGUACAUGCCCGGCGGCGACCUGGUGAACCUGACCAGCACGUACGACGUGCCCGAGAAGUGGGCGCGCUUCUACACGGCCGAGGUGGUGCUGGCCCUGGACGCCAUCCACUCCAUGGGCUUCAUCCACCGCGACGUCAAGCCCGACAACAUGCUGCUGGACAGCCUAGGUCACCUCAAACUGGCCGACUUCGGCACCUGCAUGAAGAUGGACGGGACUGGCAUGGUGCAUUGUGACACAGCGGUGGGCACGCCCGACUACAUCUCCCCCGAGGUGCUCAAGUCACAAGGCGGUGACGGUUACUACGGCCGGGAGUGUGACUGGUGGUCAGUGGGCGUCUUCAUCUAUGAGCUGCUGGUCGGUGAAACGCCGUUCUAUGCCGACUCGCUGGUCGGAACCUACAGCAAAAUCAUGGACCACAAGAACUCGCUCAACUUUCCGGACGACGUGGAGAUCUCCAAGGAUGCCAAGAGUCUGAUCUGUGCCUUCCUCAUGGACAGGGAAGUGCGUCUGGGUCGUAAUGGGGUGGAGGAGAUCAAACGCCACCCUUUCUUCAAGAACGACCAGUGGACCUUUGACACCAUCAGGGACACCGUGGCCCCUGUGGUUCCGGAGCUGAGCAGUGAUAUUGACACCAGUAACUUUGACGAGAUCGAGGACGAUAAGGGAGAUGUAGAGACGUUCCCAACGCCCAAAGCCUUUGUGGGAAACCAGCUGCCCUUCGUGGGCUUCACCUACUUCAAAGAAAACCAGUUGCUAGGACCCUCAAAUCGAUCUGCUGUAGAGAAUGAGCGGCUAGUGUCCAUAAAGGAUGCUUCUGUGUCGGCAGCACUACAGAAGCAGCUGCACGUGCUGGAGGAGCAGCUGAGUGCUGAGAUGCAGGCCAAAGAAGAUCUGGAGCAUCGCUCCCGCACCGCCACCAGCCGCUUGGAGAAAGUCACCAAAGAGCUGGACGAGGAGACCAACAGCCGUAAGAACCUGGAGUCGUCCCUGCGGCAGCUGGAGCGGGAGAAGGCACUGCUGCAGCACAAGAGCGUGGAGAGCCACCGCAAGGCCGAGAGCGAGGCCGACCGCAAGCGCUGCCUGGAGAACGAGGUGAACAGCCUCAGGGACCAGCUAGAGGAACUAAAAAAGAGGAACCAGAACUCUCACAUCUCCAAUGAGAAGAACAUCCACCUGCAGAAACAGCUGGACGAGGCCAACUCUCUGCUGCGGACGGAGUUGGACGCGGCGGCGCGACUGCGCAAGUCGCAGACGGAACUCAGCAAGCAGCUGCAGCAGCUGGAGUCCAACGGGCGCGAGCUGCAGGACAAGUGCUGCAUGCUGGAGAACGGCAAGCUCAAGCUGGAGAAGGACUACAUCAGCCUGCAGGCCGCGCUCGAGGCCGAGAAGAGAGACUGCAGCCAGGGCUCCGAGACCAUCACAGACCUACAAGGGCGCAUCACCAGUCUGGAGGAUGACGUGAAGCAGUCGAAAGUGGCCCUGUCCAAAGGCGAGACGGAGAAGAGGCUGCUCCAGGAGAGGCUCACGGACCAGGAGAAGGAGAAGAACAAUAAGGAGAUCGACAUGAUGUACAAGCUGAAGGUGCUGCAGCAGGGCCUGGAGCAGGAGGAGACGUCCCACAAGGCCACCAGGGCCCGGCUGGCCGACAAGAGCAAGAUCAGCGAGUCCAUCGAGGGGGCCAAGUCCGAGGCCAUGAAGGAGCUGGAGCAGAAGCUGCAGGAGGAGCAUGCCUCUAAGCUGCGUGUGGAGAACAAGCUCCUGGAGCUGGAGAAGCACAGCUCCAUGCUGGACUGUGACUACAAGCAGGCGCUGCAGAAACUAGAUGAACUGCGCAGACACAAGGACAAGCUUACAGAGGAGGUGAAGAACCUCACGCUGAAGAUUGAGCAGGAGAUUCAGAAGCGCUCGCUGACGCAGAACGACCUGAAGGCCCAGGUCCAGCAGCUGAACACCCUGCGCACCUCAGAGAAGCAGCUCAAGCAGGAGGCCAACCACCUGCUGGACAUCAAGCGCAGCCUGGAGAAACAGAACCAGGAGCUCCGCAAGGAACGCCAGGAUGCAGAUGGACAGAUGAAGGAGCUACAGGACCAGUUGGAGGCUGAGCAGUAUUUCUCAACUUUGUACAAGACCCAAGUACGGGAACUGAAGGAGGAGUGUGAAGAGAAGAAUAAGCUAUAUAAGGACAUGCAGCAGACUCUGCAGGAGUUACAGGAAGAACGGGACUCCCUGGCAGCCCAGCUGGAGAUCACGCUGACCAAGGCAGACUCGGAGCAGCUGGCACGCUCCAUUGCCGAGGAGCAGUACUCGGACCUGGAGAAGGAGAAGAUCAUGAAGGAGCUGGAGAUAAAGGAGAUGAUGGCGAGGCACAGGCAGGAGCUGGGCGAGAAGGACACCACCAUCAACUCGUUAGAGGAGGCUAAUCGCACACUGACUAGCGACGUAGCCAACCUGGCCAAUGAGAAGGAAGAGCUGAACAACAAACUGAAGGAUAACCAAGAAGAUAUGGAGAAGAUGAAGGACUUGGAGCUGCAAAUCAGUCAGACUAAGAUCACCUUCGAGAAGCAGCUUCAGUCUGAGAGAACCUUGAAGAUUCAGGCGGUAAGCAAGUUAGCUGAGAUCAUGAACAAGAAGGACCCGCGGGGCGGAGGCAGUCGCCGUGGAAAUGAAACCGACUUGCGGCGGAAGGAGAAGGAGAACAGGAAGCUGCAGCUGGAGCUGCGUACGGAGAAAGAGAAGCUCAACAGCACCAUCAUCAAGUACCAGAAGGAGAUCAACGAGAUGCAAGCGCAACUGUUGGACGAGAGCCAGAACCGUAUUGAUCUGCAGAUGGCGCUAGACAGUAAGGACAGUGACAUUGAGCAGAUGCGCGGCCUCCUCACCUCGCUCAACGUCCACUCACUGGACUCUGCCAGCGUCUCCAGCGGACCCGACUUCGACACCGACGACGCCUACACAGUGCGAAAGUUCUCAGUCAAGCCCAGCAAACGGUCUUUUAGAAAACGCCAGGAGCCCCGGCGUGAACACACCUCUAAAGAAAUCGACCACUCCUCGUCUAACUCUGACAAAGAAUCGAGGCUCGAAGGAUGGCUUUCAAUGCCUGUGCGGAACAACACCAAGCGUUUUGGAUGGGAAAGAAAGUAUGUCGUGGUAAGCAGCAAGAAGAUUCUUUUCUACAACAGCGAACAGGACAAAGAAUUGUCCAACCCCUACAUGGUGCUAGACAUUGAUAAACUCUUCCAUGUGCGGUCUGUCACCCAAACGGAUGUGUACCGCGCCGACGCCAAAGAAAUCCCUAGGAUAUUCCAGAUCCUGUAUGCCAAUGAAGGAGAGAGCAAGCGGGAGCAGGAGCUGGAGCCGCUGCCCGUAGGCGAGAAGUCCUACAUCUGCCACAAGGGUCACGAGUUCAUCCCCACGCUUUACCACUUCCCCGCCAACUGCGAGGCCUGCACCAAGCCCCUGUGGAACAUGUUCAAGCCGCCGCCAGCUCUCGAGUGCCGGCGCUGCCACAUCAAGUGCCACAAGGACCACAUGGACAAGAAGGAGGAGAUCAUUGCACCCUGUAGAGUGAACUACGAUGUUUCCACGGCAAAGAACCUGCUGCUGCUGGCCAUAUCACAGGAAGAGCAGCAGAAGUGGGUCAGCAGGCUGGUCAAAAAGAUCCCCAAGAAGCCCCUGGCGACUGACCCGGCUCACCGCUCCUCACCCCGGGCCCCCGCCAAAGUGCUGUCCACCCAGUCAAUGAGGAGACCCAGCCGACAGCUGCCCCCCAGUAAACCCAGGGCCUUGACCAAGGAGCCAGCCGAGCCCCCAUCAUUGGGGGAGAAGAUAAGCCUCAUCCACCACAAGGGCCACGAGUUCAUCCCCAGCCUCUACCAUUUCCCCACCAACUGCGAGGCCUGCACCAAACCCCUGUGGAACAUGUUCAAGCCACCCGUAGCCCUGGAGUGCCAACGCUGCUACAUCAAGUGCCACAGAGAACAUAUGGAUGGGAAAGAAGAAGUCCUGAAACCCUGUGCUCCAGGCAGAAUCGAAUCUCAGUCUGAGCUUGGCUAAAGUGUUUGUUUUUUAAGGAACAUCUACCACGGCUAGCAUCAAUCGGCUGGGCUAUCAUCACAAAGCUUGUGAUCUAUAUAUGGUGCUAAGAAAGAGUGUUGACUUCUGCCUGAAACACAGGGCCCCACACAGUCUUCACAGCCUUAACCAACAGAGUGUGGGCAAAGGAUUUCGGGCUUGGAGGGGAGAGCUAACAGUUAUUUGAAGGGUGCACCCCCGGGCAAUCCUUUCAAGAUCUUUCCGAGAUACCUCACAACAGUGACGAGCAUUGAUUCACUGUCAAGACAGUAUUAAAUCACGUCCCACAUACGAUUCAACCUAAUUUCAAGCUAUUUCAAAUGAAUCAACCAAAUUCCAUUAUUAUGCUGUCUAAUAUAACUGUAAUCUCCAGUCCAGUCGUUUUGAAAGUGAUAUUGAACUGGCAGAAGGUGCACUCUUCAAAUGCAGCACCACAACAACCUGUUGCUGUACACCUUAGGCUGCGUAUCUGAUGGGUAACCCGAUUCCGGCACUUUGUGAAGUGUCUUGUCUCCGCUUCCCACCUUCUCUCCUUGCAGAUGGCUGGAUGAGGGUCUGCAGGAUUGGCAUUGGGCUCUGGAUGAUGUGGAGGAUGUUGAUGAUUUUGUUGACGGUGCAUUUGAUUUCUGAGGAGCCCGUAGGUUCAUAAUCAGGGUAAAGGCUCUCGAAUGGUGUUUGUGUGUGUGCUGUGGGUUUGGUUAGCAUGCUGGUUGGCUUUUCAGUGGAGUGGAGAACUACCUCUUUCAACCAGACCUUUCAAUGAAUGACUCAAGCUAUUGCAUUGUAGGCCAUUUAAAUGAACUCUUACGCACUCCUUGCCAGACUGGUGAGUAUUUUAUUGUUGUGGAUUGUUGAUGUCUUCAUUUAAUCCUUGUUUAAUCCUUCAUUUAAUCCUUGUGAGUUAUCGGAGUUGUGUUUUAUCUCUACACUGUCUUUGUAUACCUCGUUUUGUUCUAGUGGUAUUUACUGUCCUCUUGUUAAAGACAAGCUGUCUCUGCCUCUGGCUGCCUCUUUGAAAUGGGUUACACCAGUAUUGCUCUGUAGAGACCGAGACGACCAUUCGCAACAGGAAAAAUUGUACCAUGGAUUAGAUUGCCUCAGUUCAUCACUAGCAGCUAGAACACUUCAAUGGUCAAAUGUCCAAAUCAAUUUAAGCAUAGGAGUGACUGGGAGACGGAGGAGACCUGCUUUGGAGAGAUUAGAGUUUGGUCAAGAGUGGAGUGAACAGACAGUAUACACACAUGCCCUUUGCUUCCUUCCUCUGACGUCAUUGACCUUUUUCACCCCAGCCCACCUAGAGCGGAUGCCCCCAAGAUGAGGCGAGAGAUCUUCAGUGGCCAGCCAAACAACUCAUGAAUGCUUUAGUGCAAUACGUUUUGUUUACAUGCAAUAAGUACCUACGACACAGUAUUUUAUGUUAAAAUUACAGUAUAUUCCAUACGUUCUUUCUUUUGUAUUGAUUUAUUUCACAAUAAAACAUGACUUUGACUCGUGGAAAAAAAGUGCGAUGACUUCUGACUUAAGUUGGGUGCAUGACCAAUCGGUUGGUGUAUGUAUUAGAGCUUGCUGUGUAGUGCUGUCUAAUUAGAAGUGUUGGGUUAGAAGUUGAAUACUGUGUUGGGAAGCUAAACUAACCCCAUCUUUCUCUCUUGUCUUUUCUGCCU